GGUCGGACCGCCGGGCCGCCGGGGGGCGCCGCAGCGCGCGGCGCGGGGUGAGAGGUCGGGACGAUGGCGGCGGCCUUGGGCGAGGAGGCGCCGGACAACGAGGACUACUACGGGCUGCUGAACGUGCGCCGUGAGGCCUCCCAGGAGGAGCUGAAGGCGGCGUACCGCCGGCUGUGCAUGCUCUACCACCCCGACAAGCACCGCGACCCCGAGCUCAAAAGCCAGGCUGAGCGCCUCUUCAACCUUGUCCACCAAGCCUAUGAAGUGCUUAGUGAUCCACAGACCAGAGCCAUCUAUGACAUAUAUGGGAGGAGAGGACUGGAGAUGGAAGGCUGGGAGGUUGUGGAACGAAAGAGAACUGCAGCUGAAAUCAGGGAGGAAUUUGAGCGUUUGCAGAGAGAGAGGGAAGAGAGGAGACUGCAGCAGCGAACUAAUCCAAAGGGAACAAUUAGUGUGGGAAUAGAUGCCACUGACCUGUUUGAUCGCUAUGACGAGGAGUAUGAAGAUGUGCCUGGGAGCAGCUUUCCCCAGAUUGAAAUAAACAAAAUGCACAUAUCCCAGUCCAUCGAGGCACCCCUGACUUCCACAGAUACAGCAAUACUGUCUGGAAACCUUUCCACCCAGAAUGGGAAUGGAGGGGGAUCAAUUAAUCUUGCACUGAGACGAGUGACAUCUGCCAAGGGCUGGGGAGAGUUGGAGUUUGGAGCUGGAGACCUUCAUGGACCUCUCUUCGGGCUGAAGAUAUUUCGUAAUCUUACACCAAGAUGUUUCAUCACCACGAACUGUGCCCUGCAGUUCUCAUCUCGUGGGGUCCGCCCCGGCCUCACCACGGUCCUGGCCCGCAACCUGGACAAGAACACCAUGGGCUACCUGCAGUGGAGGUGGGGCAUCCAGUCAGCCAUGAACACCAGCAUUGUCCGGGACACCAAAACCAGCCACCUCACCCUGGCAAUGCAGCUGGGAAUCCCCCAUUCUUUCAUGAUGGUCAGUUACCAGCAUAAGUUUCAGGAUGAAGAUCAAACACGAGUGAAAGGUUCUCUCAAGGUGGGUUUCUUUGGGACCAUAGUGGAGUAUGGAGCAGAGAGGAAGAUCUCCAGACACAGUGUUUUAGGAGCCACUGUCAGCGUUGGUGUUCCUCAAGGAGUGUCCUUGAAAAUCAAGCUGAAUAGGGCCAGCCAGACCUACUUCUUCCCUGUCCAUCUAACAGAUCAGCUGCUUCCCAGCGCUGUGUUCUAUGCCACCGUGGGACCUCUCGUUAUCUACUUUGCCAUGCACAGGCUGGUCAUCAAACCCUACCUCAGGGCACAGAAGGAGAGAGAGCUGGAGAAGCAGCGGGAGAGCACAGCCAGUGACAUCCUACAGAAGAAGCAGGAGGCUGAAGCAGCAGUCCGGUUAAUGCAGGAGUCAGUCCGAAGGAUAAUUGAAGCAGAGGAAGCCAGAAUGGGUCUGAUUGUAGUGAAUGCCUGGUAUGGGAAGUUUGUUAACGACAACAGCAGGAAGAAUGAGAAGGUGAAGGUUAUAGAUGUGACUGUGCCUCUGCAGUGCUUGGUGAAGGAUUCUAAACUCAUCCUUACAGAGGCCUCCAAGGCUGGGCUGCCAGGCUUCUAUGACCCCUGUGUGGGUGAGGAGAAGAGUUUGAAAGUGCUUUAUCAGUUCCGAGGAGUUCUGCACCAAGUGAUGUCAGCUGACAAUGAGGCCCUUAGGAUACCAAAGCAAUCUCACAGGAUCGACGCCGAUGGCUAAUCCGGGAACGCGCGUCUCCCACGGUACCUGGGUCAACAGAAACUGCAAAAGCUCCCCCGGACGCUGCGAGUUUGAACAGAGACACUUUUAUUUUUACUGUCUGUAUAGCAGGCGGUGUCCUGCCGGUUCUGUUAGGGACAAAAGGACAGACCCUGCUGCUCCAGGCGGCUCCCAGGCAAUAUCUGAGUUGUGGCUCGGUACCCAAUAAAGCAGCGUGACUCUGAGUGCACAGUGCUUUCUGCCAGGGGCUGAGGGGCCUCCUGCUCCCAGCUGGCCACAGCCCCUUCCUGCACUCACCCUUCUCUCCUGGCACUCAGCAGGGAUGAAGACCUGUUGUUCUUACUUCUCCACGUACUUCCUGGGGUAGGUAACACACCUUCUUCCUUCUCAUGAGGGGAAUUUCAUUCUCUGGCCACCUCCUGGAAGUCCCCUGUGCAAAUACUUUUGGAAAGAGGUCAGUGAUUGUUUCAGUCUCAAAUCUGUGUUUGAAAUGCACUUGUUAAGAAAAGUAUGUGCUUAAGUAUGAAUGAAUUUGCCUUUUGAAGUAAUAUGGAUCUCUUCAGCACCAAUCUCUCCAGAUGCUCAUUUCCAACACUGCUCUUCCAGACAAGGACACGGUGUAUCAUAGUUUUAUUAAUUCUUCUGCUACCCACAACCAUGUAUUGUCAAGGAUUUCCACAAAAAAGGAAAGCAAGUGAAGGAGAAGGACAGCAAUUUCAUUUGAUUCUGAUGCUGCAACUAUCUCUUCACAUCUAUUUAUUCCUAGCAAAAAUAAAUGUAGUUCAUAAAGUAAACCAUACCAAAGUGAGGAGAGAGGCCAAAUGGGUAAAGAGCUGAAAAUGUAACACUCAUCUGCUCUUUCUGAAAAGCAGCAGUUAUGGCAUAAAUCCAUUGGUUUUAUCUUGCCUAGAAGCCCUGCCAGGGAUUUCCAGCAGAAGGGCAGUCCUGGGCUGGUGAUACAGCAGCUGGAAACAGCACCUUGUACAAUCUGCUACACUCUGGGUACAUCAGGACAUCUGAGGCUUUUUCAGAGAGACAAGGAAUUGUGGUGGCUUUUCCUUGAUCAUAGUUUUGCUCUGGCUAAGUCCAGACCAGCCUUCAUUGCUCAUGGGUGAGAGCAGAGGGGAAAAUAACCCAUGUCUUGGCAGUGCAGAGUUGCUUUUGACAACUCCUGCCAUAACUCCUUUCCUGACAUGGACCUGGCCCCUGUUCUGUGCAGCUGUGGUUCUCUGUGCUCAGGUCACUGCACCAAGAGAAUGAGAUUUCCAAAAGAAAUGCUUUCCCCUGUAAAAAACAAGUUCAUAUUAUAUGAAGGGGUGUUCAUUUGUUUGUAUUAAAACCAAAACUUCUCAGUUGUGACCAGUUCCUGCUGCAGGGCUUUAUUUCACUUAUGGCCAACGUUCUGUCAUCUCAAAGUAAAUGUAAAAUGUGCAAUAAAUUAUAUUCAGCUGAAAA